AAAAUAAGACAUCGAGUCUGUCCUCUUUUACAAGUUCUUAUAUAUUAAACAGAUUGGGACUAGUUGUCACAUGAACAAGAGCUACAUCUUAACUGUAAUAGAGUUAAUGUUUAGAGUUAUACACGUGUAUAUUGAUUUCCAAUACUUAAAAUGCAUGCAAGACAUUUUCCCCAAUUCUUUUCAUCUAAAAUUCCAGAAAUAAAGAAUCUGAUGUGCUUUUUGGCCGUUGAACAUGAACAGAUUUAUUUUUUUUAAUGCAAUGUCCAAGUCUGCUAGGAUUGGAAUGUGCGCAAAUCUCCUCAAAAAUUGAUAAAAUACCUCAGCAAAUGAAAAUACAUCUAAAUGAUCAGUCAAACCUGUUGUCACAACCUAAUUUCUUGCUAAACAUGUUUGACGUACUUCAAAUGCAAUGUUAUUGGAGUUCAAAUAGUUUUUUUUACCACAAUAAGUUCUAUAUCAUAAUAUUUAAAAUGUAAAUAAUUAAAACAGUUAAAAAUGAUAUGCCAGAAUAUGUUUGUAAUGACAUGCGGGUGAUUAAUUGAGAUUAUUUUCAUAUUUGGGUGGAGUGUCAAACUCUGCUAGAUAUCUAAUGGUGUUUAAAUUAAACUAUUUUUGUGAAUUGCCCCACAAACUAAAAACUGAUUUAUUUCCAGAAAAAAUACAAUGAUAAAGUGAUUUUUAAAAGUGUCUUUACAAUAACUGGCUUAAUUUACCAAUCCAGAGAAAUAGUAUGGAGCUUCUAAUUUCUUUUCUUUCUGUCUUCUGCUACAAAUUUUAUAAAGAUUAGUAGAAUGACAAAAUAAUUUCAAAGUACUCAACUGCAGGUGAGGUAUGUCUCGCAGUGGUUUUCACGUGUUGUGUUUAUAUUUUUUUCUGCCUUUUAUGGGAUUGGAAGGUCUGGAGCUUCCGUCAAACAGGAAGGAGACAGCUCAGUUUAUAUAGGCAGGAAGUUCACUGGUAAUGAAAAAUCAGCAGUAACGCCCAGUACUUCCUUUGUUAGAAACUGGUGAUCCAGCAUACUCUUUUUGGUGAAAGGCCAAUGUAAGAUGGGCUCUAUUUUUCCCUAAUCUUAACUCUGGACUCUUAGUGAACGGAAAUAGAAAUAGCACCCAUCUAACAAAGACUUUCUAGACCACACCAAUUGUAAAACGUCUCACUACGCCAUCCCGGAAAGUGUGUUACCAAACAGUGGCAAAGAGAUUCAGUCAUAAGUACUAAAUAAUAAACUUUAUUGACACUCGCAACAACGAGUUUAGAACAGAGCUGUAGUAGUAUUCCUCCUUUAUUGCUUUGAAUAAGCUUUUAGUAAUGAAAUACAUUAAAUUUUUUUUUUUGGAAAGCAGCAUUCCACUGUCACUGGUGGAAAACCUUUUUCCAUUUUGGUAUCCUAGAGGUGCAUAUUAUUACCUAAAGUGUACAUAUUAGAAUCGAAAGUUUACCUUUUGAAAAGGUACCGCCACAGUGACAGCUUUUGUACCUUUAUUUCUGAGAGCGCAUCACUGCAAACAAGAAUAGAGUUGUGCAAUUUACAAUAAUCAGUUCUCCAUUUUAGGACUUUUACAAAAAAUGCAUUGAAAGAGCUGACGAAUGUAACCGAGAUGAGAGCUCUCUGACUGAAUCACGCCGGAAAGCACAAUAAAAGAGACAUACAAACAGAAGGGAGAACAAUGGCUCUUUUGGCCUGUGGUGUUGCUCCUGAGUGUCACUGCCUGUACUUGGUGGUGAAUGGUUUUGAGGGAAAAUGAUCCAUUGUGUGCGUCUCUUUACUUCUCACUGGUGUGAUAGUGUCAAUGGUUGCGGGUUCAUGGUCAAUUCCUGCUAAUUCUACAAAGACUUGGUGAAGAGGUCUGCCAUCGCUAUGGAGAGAACAUAAGUGAAGGGUCUCUGUCACCAACAUGAGCUGGAGCUUUCUCACUCGACUAUUGGAGGAAAUCCACAACCACUCCACGUUUGUGGGGAAAGUUUGGCUGACUGUGCUAAUUAUUUUCCGCAUCGUUCUGACCGCAGUGGGAGGUGAGUCAAUCUACUCCGAUGAGCAGACUAAGUUCACCUGCAACACUAAGCAGCCCGGCUGCGACAACGUAUGCUACGACUCCUUCGCCCCGCUGUCACACGUCCGGUUCUGGGUGUUCCAGAUCAUCAUGAUAUCCACCCCCUCCGUCAUGUAUCUGGGUUACGCCAUCCAUAAGAUCGCCCGUACCUCGGAGGAGGAGCGGUGCAAGAACCAGAUUUACCACAAGAGGAACCGCCACAGUCGGUGGAGAAACGGACACCACCUAGAAGAGGUCUUGGAGGAAGAUGAUGCCGAGCCCAUGAUCUACGAAGAAGACACUUUGGAUGAGCAGGAGGUCAAACCAGAGACAGACAAGGGAAAAAACCAAGACCCAUUGAAGCAUGAUGGCCGCCGUAAGAUCAUGCAAGAAGGCUUGAUGAGGAUGUAUGUGCUUCAGCUUUUAUCCCGUGCGGUCUUUGAGGUCGGGUUCCUCACGGGUCAAUAUCUCCUUUAUGGCUUCCGGGUUAAUCCUUCGUACGUCUGCAACAAGAUCCCAUGCCCGCACAGAGUAGACUGCUUCGUCUCACGGCCCACCGAGAAGACCAUCUUUUUACUCAUCAUGUACGUGGUGAGCUGUCUUUGUCUGCUGCUCAAUGUUUGUGAGAUGUUCCACUUGGGGAUCGGUGCCUUCCGUGACACUCUUCGCAAACGUCGAAGCCACGGCCAGCAACCUCCAUACGGCUACCCUUACUCCAGGAACAUUUCCAGCUCUCCUCCAGGGUACAACCUGGUGGUUAAAUCUGACAAACCGGGUCGCAUUCCCAACAGCAUCAUCCUGCAGGACCAGAACAUGCCCAGAGUGCUGCCUGAGCAGCACUGCACAAGCCCUGAUGAGAAUAUUCCCUCUGACCUGGCUACGCUGCACCACCAUUUACGAGUAGCUCAGGAACAACUUGACAUGGCGUUUCAGACAUAUAACACAAAAAACUCUCAGAUCUCCAGAGCUAGCAGCCCUGUUUCUGGUGGCACAAUGACAGAGCAGAACCGGGUCAACACAGCUCAGGAGAAACAGGGCGCACGACCUAAAGCUAGCACUGAGAGGGCCGGGACUAUAGCAAAAAAUGGAAAGACUUCUGUGUGGAUUUAACUCUUAUCUGACUAUUCAUGAGCCGAUAUUUAGUUAGUGAGGGCAUGACUGAACAUUAUGUACCCGAAUUCUGUUGAACAUUAAACAAAACUGAAAAAUAAA